AUGGAAUCGCGUCGUUGGCGUGGUCGAGUAGUUGCUAAGAGACCUGGCCCCUCUGAUGCAAGCAACAAUGCACCGUCCACGUCGUCCAACAAUCUCAAUACAGUGGGUUGCCCUCCAUCAGUGAAUCUUCCAUCCCCCGACCAGAAGCGGAUUACCUUGGAACAGCUAUUUGCACCUCCAUAUGAUCUAAUGCAUAGUGGAAACUUGAGACAGGCCAUGGAAGCGGCACGCAUCCGACGAAAAUGGAUUUUGGUUAGUCUUUAUGACGAUUCGUGCUUCGACUGCCGCGUGCUCAAUCGGGACGUGUGGAAGGAUUAUCGCAUUAUUAGUCUCAUCAAAAAGAAUGUGAUUUUUAUCCAGUUCAACAUCAAAUCGCCUGAUGGGAUGCUGUAUCGAAAUCGUUUCACCUGCAUAGAUUCAGCGACUCAUAUUGCGUUUCUGAAUCCGUUUACCGGGGAACAGAAAAUUUUCUGGAAUCGUCUUAAAACUCCCCGUGAGAUAUUGAGUGUUUUGUCGAAGUUCCUAUUGGCCCAUCCGACUCCUCUGGGUUCCGACUGUGAUAUCUCCAAGACCAACACUUUCGCUACCACCGUUGCCAAUGUUUCCGGACCCUAUCUACGGUCUGCUCCCGGCGAAACGGAACUAGCUGAACCCUCUGGAUUGGAGUCGAAGUAUUACCCUUUGAAAACGCGUCGCCUCAAGGCUGCUAACGGCACCUCCGCUUCAGCUUUGCCCUCGGCGUCUGCACAUGGCUCUGCUACCCAUACUUCGCCGGAGGCAUUAACCGCCACUCCAUCUACCUCAUCCGGUUCCACAACUACGGCUAAACCUUCUUCCUCCUUGAAACGCAGAAGCCUCGAUGUGUCUUCUGAAGCUGGCCCGUCGAAACGUUCGUUGGUGGAGGACGAUGCCGAUUUCUUGCGUUUUGUCGACCUCGCUUUGGAGGAAGACGAUGAGGAGGAUGCUAAGAUUCUUUACGAGGAUGUUGACUCUCCAAUUUCGGGAGAAGAGAAGCCUGCGGCAUCGGUAAAGGAGUUGCCCCCAGUGACUGAUCCCACCAACGCUUUUCGAGUGGCCCUGCGUUUUCCUUGUGGUCAGCGAACCGUACUGAGUCUGGAGCCUAGUCUUCGUUUAAAAGUGUGGGUUAUGUCCACCCAAACGACUCAAGGUUUCGUGAAGACGGUGAUGGUGAUGAUGGAGAGUGUGGUAACUGGCCACCGGAUGGUCGGCUUCCGUCCGCGUCAGAUGACCACCAAGAAGGAGGUGAUUGCUUUCGAUCCCCUCGUUCAGCGUCACGUCCUCUACCGCGAAAUAAAGAAGAUUCGCAGCCUUCGCAAAGCUGGCACUCGAGACUAG